GUAUCGGCAGGCGUUAUUAUCGAUAUGAUAUGCCCCAAGUCGUUUCGGCGGGAAACUAUAUUAUUUAUAUAAUUUAAUGUAAUAUUUAUACGAUAAUUAGUUACAUGUCCAUGAGGAGCGAAGCGGGAAGAGCAGCGCACACCGGCAGCCACUAGGAAAAGUCAGCGAGAAGUCCUCACCGCCCACAGCAACGUUCCGGUUUCCAAUACCAUACCGCCUGUGCCUGUGCCGCGGUGGAAAAGCCAGCCGGGAAAACAGCCGCAGCCAUGAGUGAGCCCGAGCCGCAGGAGCUGGGCGCCGAGGUGGUCAGCGGAUCGGUGGCGACCAGCGACGAUGGCCAGGAGAUGACCAAGGCCAAGUAUACGAACCUGUGCCGCGAGCUCAACAUGGACCGCCAGACAGAGCUGCAGGGCUACCAAAUGUACCAUGAGGUGUCCCAGAGGUGCUCCUUGGAGGGCGAGUCAAUUCACUGGCUGUGUUGUGCCUUGUACGCCGCCUGCCGAAGGUCCAGCACGCCCACAGUGAUUGGCCAGGACGCGGUAGUCAGGGGCAACUGCGUAUCCUUGAAUAAUUUGCUGCGCUGCUGCCAGAUGAGCAUAUAUGACUUCAAGACAAAGAUCAAGCAGUGGUGCGACAUGGCCAACCUGCCGCAGGAGUUUGUCAAUGAGAUCGAGGUCCUGGACCGCAAGUUCAGCAUCACAUUCACCCUGUACAAACGUUUCCGCACCAUUUUCGACAAGAUAUUUUCGUGUCCGCCCAACGAAAAGAAACAUUCGAAGUACAUCUCUCUGCAUGGUAACCAUGCCCAUGGCAAGUGCUCAUAUAUAAAGCUGGACGACAUCUGCUGGCGCCUGUUUCUCUGCGCAAAGAACCAGAAGCCUAGCAACACCGUGGACCUGGUUACCUCCUUUAACCUAAUGAUCUGCUGCAUCGAUCUGAUAUACAACAAUGUGCUGGCCGAGAAGCGCACCGAUCUCAUCAACCAAAAGUUCGAGGGUCUGCCGAGCAACUGGAUUGAGCUGGACUUUCGUCACAAGCCGCACUGCAUUUUGGCUUACUUCUGUGACAUGACUGAAGAGGCAAAGGCCAUGAAGGCCACCACCUUCCGGCAGAUCAUGUCGAGCUUUUUUCAGACUUCGACCAUCUACGGAAGUAAGGACACAAUGCUGGGCCUGCUGGCCAACGAGAACUUCGAACGAAACCUCAAGUCUCUCAACAUUAGCUAUGAGCAAUACGUCCUGAGUGUGGGCGAGUUCGACGAGCGCAUCCUAAGUGCCUAUGAUGCUGGAGACCACACUGGCCUCAGCGACCAGUCCCUGCGUCCGCCAGUCACCCCGCUCACCCGCAAGCAAGACCUGCCUGCUCAGCCGUUGAUGGCUGGCGACAAAUUUGAGCCAGUCCGCAACGCCACUAACAACGUAAAGCAGCUAAGCGCCUUCGGACGGAUUACCGAACCCACGGACUUCGUCAAGCAAGCUGGCGAAGAGGUAAUAGCCAAGCUGCUAAACAUCAUCGAAGAGAUUAAGCAGAAAUUUCUCGCCAAGUAUCCGUCUACGGAGGCAAGAAGCCGUUUCCGACUGGCUAAGUCCUUCUACUUCUACCUGCUCGAUCAGAUCCUGCAGGCGGAAAUCCGAAACAAGCCCGACAUCGAUCUCAAACGAUUGCUGGUACAGAAGAUUUCGUUGGACAUCUUUAACAUCACGCUGAUGGCCUGCUGCGUGGAGCUGGUGCUGGAGGCCUACGAGACGGAGCUCAAGUUUCCGUGGGUGCUCGACUGUUUCAGUAUUAGUGCGUUCGAGUUCCAGAAGAUUAUCGAGAUCGUGGUGCGGCAUGGCUCGCACGAGGGCUGUCUGAACCGUUCGUUGAUCAAGCAUCUUAACUCCAUCGAGGAGACGUGUCUGGAGCGGCUGGCAUGGGCGCGGGACUCGACAGUCUGGGAUAUGAUCGCCUCCGCCCCGCCUCCGCUGCCCACGUCGCUCGUGGUCAACCGCGACCGCUCCGCCGGCGCUUUGCAGAUUUUCCUGCGCAAGGUGUACCUGCUUGGCUGGCUACGUAUUCAAAAACUUUGCUCGGAACUGGAACUCUGCGAGAAGACGCCCGAGUGCAUCUGGCACAUCUUCGAGCACUCUAUUACCCACAAGACGGACUUGAUGAAGGACCGCCACCUCGAUCAAAAUAUCAUGUGUGCAAUAUAUAUCUACAUAAGAGUAAAGCGUAUGGAGGACCCCAAGUUCAGUGACAUUAUGCGGGCAUAUCGCAACCAGCCGCAGGCGGUAAACAGCGUCUACCGCGAGGUGUUCAUUGAAUUCAACGAUGACGGCGAACCAAAGGUGAAGGACAUCAUUCAGUUCUAUAACAACAUAUAUGUGCCGAAGAUCCGGCAAUUCGCCAUCGAAUACCUGAACGUAACACCGGACGUGAGUGGCCGGACCUCGGACCUGCUGCUCUCCCCGCACCCGAAGGAACGGGCCGCCCAACCCAAGAAGGUCACCCAGAACCACUCUCUCUUCGUGUCGCAGAUGCCUAAGAACGAGAUCCAGCAAUCUCCCAACCAAAUGGUCUACAGGUUCUACCACAGUCCCGCUAAGGACCUCCAGCUAAUGAACGAAAAGGUACGCGGGGGCAAGCGCAUGCUCAGCUUCGGGGACGAGCCCGGAUUGGGUGGUAUUACGGAGACGAAGCGCCUGGUGCGAGAACUGCCGCCGCACCUUAGCCAGAUUAAGGCUGUGAUGGACGACCGGGAACUGCAGACUGCUGUGCCGGCGGAGGGGAGCGGACAGGACGCAGGGGGAGAACACGAGACAUAAACACGGGGCUUUAGGGGCAGCUUAGACUUAAGGCUAUUACAACACAAAAACUAAACAAAUCCGUCGCCGAAGGCCACUCUUUUUACACGCUGGCUCCUCCGGCGCACGUUCGACUAUUUUAUGAUUGUUUUUUUUUAAUUAAUAACUCUUAGUAUGACAUUUUAAU